CGUUUUCCACAAAGGUUAAGUAAAGGAGGCAUAAAGUUUAGGAGAUUUGACUAUUCGUAGAGAACUUCCUGCUCUAUAAACAGCUUGUGAUUCACACACAGGCCUUCUUAUUCCAAGUUUGUAUACCAGUUUCAAACUAUACUGGGCGGACUGGUCUGCCCAUCUCAUAUGAUUCGUUAGUUUAACUUUGUGACAAAAGCGCAUUUCUGAAAGGUUGAGAUGUUUUCAACCAGAAGCUGGGAGCGGCCGCACAGAAGGAAAGCAGACGCUGGAACAAGACGCUGGAACAAGACGCUUUUUGGACACAGACCAUUACAGGACGCCCUCUCUACAAUAUCUACGGUGGCCUGCGUGGACACACUGGAGGGAGACAGUGAAGGACACAUCCGCUUCAAGACCCCCGAGGAAGCCCAGGCCGUCGUCAACGACCGCUCGGCCGUCACCAAGGAACACGGCUGGACGCUGGAUCUGCUCUCCGGUGAUCAUGAGUAAAGGUAUUGGCAGAAGAUUUUGGUGGACCGCCAAGUGAAGUUGAAAGAAACGAGGAACAGAAAAGGUGGGAGAAAAAUACAAAUAUGAACUCCAUGUCUGGUUGGAAAUACAUGCAGGGGAUAUCUCCUUUAACACUCUCUAUUGUUGUUGUGUGUGGGUUAUACGGUGGGCAAUGGGAUUGUACGGUGGGCAAAUGGGAUUCACCAAUAUGGCGGCUUGGAAUGUGCGUUUUCUUAAAGGGGUACAUCCAGCAAAAGUCUAGGUGGACACGCCCACUUGUGAUGUCACUUAGUGAUGGGUCGUUUGCGACCGAAUCAGUUUGAAGGAACGACUCUUUAACAAGAACGAACCGACUUGAUUCCACGUUUCAGUUCUCUCUUGUUCGUCUCUAUAGUUCGUUCUCCCAGACUCGACUCCCACUCACUGACUCGCUGUUCACAAAAAAAAAGUAUAGCAAUAAACGUCAAACAUCAG